ACUAUAACCCUUCUCCAUUCCGUUCCGUUUCUUCUCCCUCCGCUCGCCUCCUUCCUCUCGAAGCCACCAAAUCCAAUCCAAUCCAUUCCCCAAACCAAUCUUCCUCGCGCGCGGAGCUCCCCGCGCCGCAAUGGAGGCGGCUCUGAAGAGGUACUUUGGGUACACGGGGUUCCGGCCGUACCAAGGGGAGAUCAUCCAGAAGGUCCUGGAAGGGCGGGACUGCCUGGUCGUCAUGGCCACCGGCAGCGGCAAGUCGAUCUGCUAUCAAAUCCCUCCCCUGGUUGCCAAGAAGACAGCUGUUGUUGUCAGCCCUCUUCUUUCACUAAUGCAAGACCAGGUCAUGAGUUUAAAACAACAUGGUGUAAGAUCUGACUACCUUGGCAGCACCCAAAUGAAUACCUCUGUUAGCAGUGAGGCUGAGAAAGGCAUGUUUGAUGUUCUCUACAUGACACCAGAGAAAGCUAUAUCGCUUCCUUCAAGGUUUUGGAGUAACUUGCAGGCUUCCGGAAUCUGCUUGUUGGCCAUUGAUGAAGCGCAUUGCAUAUCAGAGUGGGGUCAUGAUUUCAGGCCAGAGUACAAGCAGCUGCAUUCACUGCGUGACCACCUUGUGGGUGUUCCCUUUGUCGCCUUAACUGCAACAGCCACAGAAAGGGUACGUGGAGAUAUUGCCACUUCCUUGAAUCUGAGCAAUCCUCACAUUGCAAUCGGAUCAUUUGAUCGUCCAAACCUUUUCUACGGUGUGAAAUCAUGCAACCGAUCUGUGUCCUUUAUCAGUGAACUUGUGAAAGAGGUCUCAAAGAACUGUACUGUGGGUGGCUCAACAAUAAUUUACUGUACCACCAUCAAGGACACUGAACAGGUACAUGAAGCAAUGGUUUCUGCUGGAAUCAAAGCUAAUAUUUACCACGGUAGAAUGGGUAGCAAAGCUCGAGAGGAUUCCCAUAGAUCAUUUGUUAGAGAUGAAGUAUUUGUGAUGGUCGCAACUAUUGCAUUUGGAAUGGGGAUUGAUAAGCCAGACGUUAGAUGUGUAAUACACUAUGGAUGUCCUAAGAGCCUAGAAUCCUACUACCAGGAAAGUGGGCGUUGUGGAAGAGAUGGAUUGCCUUCAGUCUGCUGGCUAUAUUACCAAAGAAGUGAUUUUACAAAAGGGGACUUCUAUUGUUCUGAAGCAACAAAUCCAACUCAAAGAAAAGCCAUCAUGGACUCCUUCAUGGCAGCACAGAAAUAUUGCCUCCAUACUGCAUGCCGCAGAAAGGUGCUGUUGCAGUACUUUGGUCAAGAGAGCACGACUGACUGUGGUAACUGUGAUAAUUGCACAGCGACAAAAAAUGAGAGGGAUUUGUCAAAAGAAUCUUUCUUGUUGCUGUCCUGCAUCAAGUCUUGUGGAGGACGCUGGGGCCUUAAUAUGCCAGUUGAUGUUCUCCGUGGAUCAAGAGCCAAGAAGAUAGUUGAACACAAUUAUGAUAAACUUCCGAUGCAUGCGCGGGGAAAAGACUAUCCGCCAAACUGGUGGAAAGCACUUGGUGGCCUGCUUUUAGCACAUGGUUAUUUGAAGGAGACUAUCAGUGAUACAUUUAGAUUGCUCAGUGUUAGUCCACAAGGUGUCAAAUUUCUCUCCGGCACUGGAACACCACUGGUUUUGCAGUUGACUGCGGAGAUGAUUGAGCAAGAGGAGCAUGGUAGUUCGGAACAUAAAGAAGGGGCCUUAAAUCCUGUGGCCACAGUAGAAUCUGAAAAGAGUUCCGAGGAGGAAUUGAAACUCUACCAAAUGCUCUUAAACGUCAGGAUGAAACUUGCUCAUGAUAUUGGAACCGCUCCAUACGCUAUAUGCGGUGAUCAGACCCUAAGACACUUUGCAAAGAUUAGGCCUUCUACUGGAGCUAGGCUGGCUAAUAUUGAUGGUGUUAACCAGCACUUUGUCACACGUUACGGUGCCAUUUUUAUCCAAAAUAUCACACAAUUCUCAAAAGAGUUGAGUCUUCAAAUGGAUGAUUCAUCAGGAGUAGAGGAUAUGAUGUCUGUUUCAAAACCUGUCAACAAUAAUCUUCCAAGGAACUUGGGUGAUGCCAAGUUUACUUCAUGGGAACUGUGGCAGAAAUCGGGGUACUCAUUCAAGAAAAUUGCACAUUUUCGCAGAGCAGUGGCGAUAAAAGAGCAAACGGUUAUUUCAUACAUACUUGAUGCUGCUCGAGAUGGUUGUGAGAUGAACUGGAAUAGGUUCUGCGAGGAGACAGGACUAACACAUGAGAUAGCUUCACAGAUCCGCCUCGCCAUUGCAAAGGUUGGAUCACGUGACAAGUUGAAGCCAAUAAAAGAGGAGCUUCCAGAAAAUGUAACAUACGAGAUGAUCAAGAUAUUCCUGGCAAUUGACGAUGUUGGAGCGUCAGAGAAAACUUUUGGCAAUGUAUCUGCAGACAAAGUUCCUGCCAGCACAACCGAGUCGCCAAAAUCCAGUUCUCACGGCAGUGAAGCUGUCAAGAACGGUAAUCAGGGCGACGAUGUCAUCAUGGCAGGUGCCUUCGAUUCAAGCCCUUCGACAAAGAGAUCCCAAGCACACGGAACACUGGCAUCUGUUUCCAACGAGCCAGUGAAGAAACUGCAAAAGAUAGAUGAGCAAGGAAUGGAAUCUUUUGCUGCAAUUGCCGCCACCGAAGAAGCUAUAGUAGAACUGGCCGCAAGCUGCAACGGGGUUUCGUUGGAGGAUGCCGUCAAGCACUUCAGUGGGUCGAAACGAGAAUCCGUCAUCGAGAUGCUGGAGAACCUUGAAUGCAACUUCGUUGUUUACAGGAAAAAAGACUGCUACAUGGUUCUGUGAUCAGCUGACAAAGCGUGGCCUGCACGUGGCCUGAUGGGUGUGUAUAUAUAUCUACGCGGAGCACUUAAAAGUUAAGUUAGUGUUGGGGCAACUUGCUAAUCUUCGUAGGCAACUGCCAGGUCCGUUAGUACCUAGAAAUGUUGUACUUUUGGAAUUCUUGUGUUACAAACUAGACAAAAAAAAAUCCUCAAGCUUAACCUUCUUGUACAAAUCUCGUAGAUAAUGAUUGUCUCGUGUAUCUCAAGGUACGAAGAAAGGGAAAGUGCAACAUUCUAUCAA